AUGGCAUCCUACACCAAAGACCAGGAGAUCUUAAUCCAGAAGAUCCUAUCCUACAAAUCCCUGGAAUACUACAGGAUUUUGGCGAUCGAAAGAUCCGCCACUGAAGGUGAGAUCAAAAAGUCGUACCGUAAGCUUGCCAUCAAGUUGCAUCCAGAUAAGAACAACCAUCCUCGAGCCGCCGAGGCUUUCAAAUUCACAGCCAAAGCGUACGAGGUUCUCAGUGACCCUGAUAAGAAACGUAUAUAUGACCAGACCGGCCUGGAUCCAGAUAGUCGAGGCGGCGGUGGCGACGACUUCGCGCAGCACUUCAGACAGCGCGGCGGGGCUGGCCGGCAAACUCAGUUCGGCGGAGGGUUUCAGGACGCUGGGUUCAACGAAGAUAUCUUUAAUUUAUUCUUCGGUGGUCAGGGCGGGGCCCAGACGUUCUCAUUUGGUAACGGUGGCGGCUUCCAGUUCGGCGGUGGUUCACCGUUCGGCCAGGCUGGCGCCUCGCCGUUUGGCUUCCAGCAGCAGCAGCGUCGUAGACAGCCGCAGCAGCCACAGCGCCCGCAAGAGUUGUCUGACACACUUAAACAGCUCCUUCCGUUGCUCUUGUUUAUUCUCGUUCCGUUGCUUUCUAACUUGUUUUCAGGUGGCGACUCUACCCUGAAAUUACCUGCAUUCUCCUUCUCCCCCACUGCCCAGCUCAACAUGGAGCUGCUCACCCCGACGUACAAGGUACCAUUUUACGUGGGCAAGUCCACGAUGGACGCCUAUGCCGACAACGCCAAGUUGCGCCGCCAGUUCAGCAACAAGGUGGAGGCGGCCUACAUUCAGGGUGUUAGAAGCCAGUGUCGCAUGGAGAGAUUGCGCAAGGAGGAUAUGGUUGAUCAGGCACAUGCUGGCUGGUUUUUUGUGGACCAAGAAAAGUUGGAUAAGGCGAAUGCCAUGGUGAUGCCGAGCUGCAUGAAGUUGGAACAGAUGGGGUUGUUGUAA